AUGGGCGGCAACAGCAAAGGCGAUGCUUUCAUCCAAGCAUUCUUCCCACCCACGCCUAACUCCUCUCCCACCACGGCCAGCGUACCAUCAUCGAACCCUCCACCUGGCGAUGGAUUCACCUCCGACGAGAUAGCAGAAGCAUCACGACCGAAGCCAGCUGCACCAUGGCAGCCAGCAAUCGAGUACGAGGAAAGCGACAUAAGCGAUCUGUAUCCUGGUCCCAAAGCAGUCACCUUCAUGGGCCGGGUCUGCAAUAUCUUCGAUCUGGCGAACACUCCGAAGACUCCUCGAUCGUCUAAAGGCUGUGUUAAGCUGUGCAUCAAGGAUGACACGGGUGCCAUUACUCUGCGCUUGUGGUAUGCUUCAGCGCGGCCUGACCUGGGGCUCGGUACGCUCGUGUCAGUCUGGGCGAAUCAUGUUAGUAAUGGUGAGAAUGGAUCUCUCUCCAGUACGACAGCACCGCUGUUCGUCUCACUGUUCCCAGAGCGCGACAGGAGCUGUCAUCUCAUGAUCCAUGAGAAAAGUGACGACGGAACGUUGUGCAAGCGCCCUCUAGGGCACCGCACUGGCCAGCCUUUGGCAGGACUAAUGACCUUGCACAACUUCAUUGAUGGCGGUUGUGACAUCUCAGACGCCAGAGUGCUUGUGGUAGUCAAGAGCAUUGGCGCAAAGGAGCGAGUGACACGCAAAGACGAAUCUGUGACCGAGAAUGUGAAUGUCCAUGUUCAAGACAACACUGCUGAGGCCACCCUGGGAUUAUGGGGCUCCGCAGCUCUCUCGCCGUUUGGUCGUAUUGCCGAUGAGACAUUAACGAAGUCGGAUGUCAUCACGAGAGAACAAGGUUGGAAGGCCGGUGAGACAGUCCUGCUACUCCAAUGUCCAGGGUGCAAGCUGAGCCGUACGACCUAUCUGUCAGCGACCUCAUCUACACUCAUCGAUCUCAACCCACGCCUUCCUGACGCGGACUGGCUUCGUUCCUGGUCUGCCCGCCAACACAUCCGCGCGUCGAUCAACCCUACUUUCCCGGUCAACCCUUUCGACCUCCAUGCCAUCAAAUAUGGGCCACUUCGCUGUCUCUACACCAUCGCAGACCUUGACGAAUUUGCUCGUGCAGCACCCAAGGAAACUUUCCAAGGCUACUUAAGCGUUCUGAUCACCGAAGUCAAAUUGCUCGAAUGCUCCAAACGACACAUGCUGCUUUGCGGCGAGUGCUGCACCAUACCCUUCUUCGCCAAUGCCUUGGUCGGGAGGUGUAAGCAUUGCGAGUCUGAUAUACUACUUCGCCUGAACCCGAAACUGAUUGCGCAAGUUAUGGACGAGACUGGUGUUGCGGGAACCGGAAAGCUUCUGCUGAGCGAUAUGGCAUGGAGGGAGCUCUUAGGAAGAACGGCCGAAGAUCUACUGCGGCUGGGACAUGGGGCGAUGAAGGAUCUGGCUGAUCGAUUGAUUUUCACUCGUGUUACACUUCUGUUCGGGUGGACGGGCGACGAGACGAAGGCAGGAGGACGUAUCUGCGUGCUGGGUGUGAGAGGCUGA